AUGACGACGGAGAAAGCAGAAGAGUGAGACAUGAGCUCGUCUUCUGCACUUCGCGAACUACAGCAUGAGCUGGAGACCAAAGCCAACGAUCUCAGCAAACUCCAAAAAGAAAUUGCAAAGAACCAUCAAGUUAGAAAGAAGUACACAGUACAGCUAGGUGAAAACGAACUUGUCCUCAAGGAAUUGGAUCUAUUGAAUGAAGAUGCCAAUGUGUUCAAGUUGAUCGGGCCGGUCCUCGUUAAGCAGGACUUGGCAGAGGCAAAAGCUAAUGUUCGCAAGCGAAUCGAUUACAUCUCUGCUGAACUGAAACGCCUUGAUGGGACUUUACAAGAUCUGGAAGAGAAACAAAAUAGCAAGAAGGAUGCGGUCCUGAAAGUACAACAAAGAAUUCAAGCUCUCCAAGCUGGAAAAGCAAAGGCUUAGCAGACCUUUAUUAUGGCUGUGUUCAUUUUUGUUCUUUCCUCCCUCUUUGUAUUUUCUCAAGUGUGUGCCUCGGUCAACAGUAAUUUUUAUUUCUAGAGUAGUGCCUCUCCUGUUCUCAAGUUAACAUUAAUGUAGUCUCAGGCUAGAUUGGCUAGUUCUCGUCGGACGGUUCUGAACAGUUCAUGCCUAUUCUCUUCACUGUUACUUUUUGGGUUCUUUUUGUUUUUCUUUUUUUUUUUCUUAUAUGAUGUGAUUUUCAUUAGAUAAUUGAAUGUAAUGGCAUCAAUAUCAUCGUCAUCAUCUAACCUUGUUCUGAGUAACAACUAUAUCGAUUAUGGAGUUGGCUACAUCUA